AUGUCGAUUGAUCUCAGCCAAUCAGUCCAACACAACGGGUAUCAAAGCAAUCUUCCAUGUUAUGACCUCGUGGCUACGCGCUCAAAUAACGCCUUUCCUGAGCAUUGGCAGCCAACGCAAUCGUUCUUAGAAGAGAUCCCUGAAGUGGGUCCAUCCCAAGCUGACAAUCAACGAAGAAUACACGACUCUGAUCCUCUAUUUCAACAUGCAGAAUGUUUCAUUAAAUCCCUUUUUCCCAAAGUUCCACCAUAUCUCAAAUUUAAUUUGCAUGGAACAAAAGUUCGACCCCUUCCCUCGUUAUUCCGAAGGCGGCUUCGUUUCAAGACCAGCAAUGUAAUCCCUAAA